GCCUUUAAAAAGUGACAUUUUCAACAAAUCAAUCAACCGAAACAAGUUAAACAUUUAUCAAUUUCUCUGGUUAAUAUCAAAAAGUUAAUUGCUUCUGAGAGUCUAAACUUUAAAACAUUCAAAAUGCCUUGUGAAAUGAUAACUCUGCAGCUUGGCCAAUGUGGCAAUCAAAUUGGCUUUGAAUUCUGGAAGCGUCUCUGUGCUGAGCAUGGCAUUAAUCCUGAGGGAGUUUUGGAGGAGUUUGCAACUGAAGGUGUUGAUAGGAAAGAUGUUUUUUAUCAAGCAGAUGAUGAACAUUAUAUCCCAAGGGCUGUUCUCAUGGAUCUGGAGCCUAGGGUUAUCAACACAAUUAUGAAUUCUCCAUAUACUAAAUUGUACAAUCAGGAGAACAUAUUUCUGUCUAAAAAUGGAGGUGGUGCUGGAAAUAACUGGGCAUCUGGAUAUUCUCAAGGAGAGAAACUCUAUGAGGAGAUUUUUGAUAUUAUUGAUAGGGAGGCUGAAGGAUCUGAUAGCUUAGAAGGAUUUGUUCUGUGUCACUCAAUCGCCGGCGGGACCGGUUCUGGUAUGGGUUCUUACAUGCUAGAAAAACUCAGUGAUCGUUUCCCAAAGAAAUUAGUACAGACAUAUUCAGUAUUUCCAAACCAGGACGAAAUCUCAGACGUGGUUGUCCAGCCAUAUAAUUCACUCCUAACUUUGAAGCGACUCACAGAAAGUGCCGAUUCUGUUGUCGUUUUGGACAACACCGCAUUGAACCGCAUUGCUGCCGAUAGAUUACACAUUCAGAAUCCGACAUUUACACAAAUAAACAGUUUAGUCUCAACGAUUAUGUCUGUGUCGACCGCUACGUUGAGAUAUCCAUCUUAUAUGAAUAAUGAUCUGAUGGGCUUGUUGGCGCCGUUGAUUCCCACACCCAGGUUACACUUUUUGAUGACUGGUUACACUCCGCUUUCGACUGAUACCGAUGAAGUCAGCGUGAGGAAAACUACUGUGUUGGAUGUGAUGCGACGUCUUCUUCAACCCAAAAAUAUGAUGGUUUCUACAACACUGGAUAGGAACUCACAGCAUUGCUUUAUUAGUAUUUUGAACAUCAUUCAAGGUGAAGUUGAUCCAACUCAAGUUCACAAGUCUUUGCAACGCAUACGCGAUCGUAAGCUUGCUUCGUUUAUUCCUUGGGGUCCUGCAAGCAUCCAAGUUGCACUCUCAAGAAAAUCGCCAUAUAUACAAACUGCGCAUCGUGUCUCUGGACUUAUGUUGGCUAAUCACACGAAUAUCAGCUCGUUAUUUGACCGUGCAUUACAACAAUUUGACAAACUACGCAAACGCGAAGCUUUUCUGGACCAAUUCCGCAAAGAAAAAAUGUUUCAAAAGGAUCUCACUGAGUUUGAUGAAAGUCGAGAGGUUGUGCAGGACUUGGUGGAUGAGUACGUCGCCGCAACCAAGGAUGAUUACCUCACAUGGUGUAAAUAGGUGUAGGAUUUUUGGAUGAACAUCUGAAUCUACUUAUCUGUGCCAUUUUUUUUUUUAAUAUACUGUUAUCAAAUUGUAA